CGCAAAGGAGGCGAUCAAUGUUGAACAAGCAUUCCAGACGAUUGCCAAGAAUGCUUUGCAGCAGGAGACUGACCAAGAUUUUUAUGCUGAUUAUCCGGAUCCAAUUAAAAUUGACAGCGAAGCAGCAAAAUAUGAUGGACUUCUGAUUGCUAGAAAUUAUGCUACCAUUGAUGGUGGUAGUGACUCACCCACGAGCAUGGGAUAUGAGAGUAUCGAAAACCUGGGCGUUAUUGUUGAUUCGAUCCUUUUCCCAUCACAUCAACAAGAUCCUUAUUGCUCUCCCAGAAAAUGGCCUUCGUUCUUUUCAAGGGAUUUCUUCCGCACGCUGAGAGGAUAUUUACGUAACAAAGGAAAAAAUCUACAACAUCGUGUGCGAUUUAUGUCCGCCAAGGAGGGCGAUUUAAUAGGGAAGAUGGAAGCUCUGGAGAUGUACACCGAGAUGAACAAACAAUUCGCUUUGGGAAACCUGAAAGCGUUGCGCAAUCUCGUCAGUGAUCCGAUGUACUAUAAACUCAAGUUUGAUCUGAAAAAUCAUCGAGAGUACGACGGUAAAAUUUAUUGGCAAACUCAUGGUGAUGCAAAGAAGCCGAAGUACGAAUGCAUUCGUUACAAUAAAGGAGAGGAAUUCUCUGUCGUACAAUCAAUAUUGAAACUACACACAAAACAAAGCCUUGCAAUCUUUAAUCGGAAUGGAAAAUUAAUUGGCGGAAAUCCAUCAAAAGUUUAUGAUGUAAUCGAAUAUGUAGCGUUCCAACGCAGAAUGAUUGAUAAGAAGAAAGGCGAAAGUGAGGGGUGGAAAAUAAAUGGUUAUUAUAGUCGAGAUUUGCCAAAAUUCGCUGCAAAUUCACACACGUCCAUUGAGGCGCGGCAGUAA